AUGCAUCUUAAAGCCUCCCGCAAAUCGUUCCGCUCCACUAGAAGCACCAUCGGCAAGGACAGCAUGGCCCAAGAAAACGAUGAAGAGAGAAAAGAAACGCCCUCCAACUCGGAAUUCCCCAGCAGCACAACUCAUUUGCAAGAUAUCAAACCAGAAGAAGAUGCCACACAGCCAGAACAACAACAACAACAACCCCUGGACGACAACUCAAUCCCAAAGAUCUACCCAACCGGCCCAGCCCUCGUCGGCAUCAUCAUAGCCUGCAGCCUCUCCAUCUUCCUCAUCGCCCUCGACACCACCAUCAUCAGCACAGCCAUCCCACAAAUCACAGACGACUUCGACUCCAUCGACGACGUAGGCUGGUACGGCUCCGGCUUCUUCAUGACCAUCGCCUCCUUCACCAGCGUCUGGGGUAAAGGAUACAAGUACUGGGGCAUGAAAUGGGUCUACAUGCUCGCCGUCUUCAUUUUCGAAGUUGGAAGUCUGCUGUGUGGUGUCGCGCCGAACAGUGCGAGUUUGAUUGCUGGGAGGGCCAUUGCCGGGGUGGGAGCUGCGGGUAAGUUCACUUGUGCACACGGGACGUGGUCGGACGCAAGGGAUGUUGGUGCUGAUGCAAUGCAUGUGCAGGUAUCUCCACGGGUUCGUUCCUCAUCGUUGGGAUCAGCGUACCUGCAGCGAAAGUACCGGCUUUCCAGGGGCUCAUUGGGGCUUCUUUCUCUAUUGCGUCUGUUGCCGGACCGCUUAUAGGUGGAGCUUUCACUUCGAAUGUCUCGUGGCGGUGGUGCUUCUACAUCAACUUACCAGUCGGAGGCCUUGCUUUUGCAAUUUUAGCAUUUGUCUUCCACACGCCUGCGCACGCAAGCCCGGUGAAGACGACUUGGAAAGAGAAGUUGCGGCAGAUUGAUCUGUUAGGUGCGAGCCUUCUGCUCUGCAGCAUCAUUUGCUUGGUCCUCUCGCUGCAGUGGGCAGGUCAGACGAAGUCGUGGUCUGAUCCAGAUGUCAUCGGGACUCUUGUUGGAUUCGCUUCGCUGCUGAUCACGUUCAUCGCCUACGAAUGGUGGAUAGGCGAGCGCGCAGCGUUGAACAUUCGAAUCCUGACACACAAGAGGAUGGGACCUAUGUUUGCCUACCAGACUUGCAUUGCUGGAACUUUCUUCGUUACUCUGUACUACCUACCACAGUACUUUCAAGUUGUGAACGGUGUCUCUCCCUCUGGAUCUGGCAUCCGGACUAUCCCUUUCGUUGCCUUGGCUUCGAUAUUCACCAUGCUGCAGGGCAUCUGGACGAGCAAGACAGGCGACUAUCAGUUUCUCAUGCUACUCGGCACAAGUCUAGUUGCUGCUACGAGUGGCCUGCUCAUUACACUACAUGAGGGAAGCAGCGUAGGCGAAUGGGUGGGAUACCAGAUCAUCGGAGGUGUGGGCUUUGGCAUAACGCUGCAGCUUGCUGUCAACGUCUGUCAGAGCGUUGCCGAUUCUGCCGAUCUUAGUUCUGCGUCGGCGAUGGCCUUGUUCUUCCAAUCUCUCGGAGGCGCUGUAUGGAUCUCCGUUGCACAGGUGGUCUUCGGCAACGAGUUGAUCAUGUCUCUAGCAGAGAAUGUCAAGGGCAUUUCUCCAAAUGCCGUCCUUGCUGCUGGCGCGACGGAGAUUAGGAAGACUUUACCUCCGGACCAGGUCGAUGCCGGGAUUGCAAGUUACAUGACUGGUUUACGAGAUGUGUUUGCACUGUGUUGUGCAUUGAGUGUGUUGGCUACCGUGGGAAGCGCGUUAUUGUUGGUGUUUGGGAGGAGGAAUCUGGCUUCGAAUUCGACCUCGAUAGCAGCGGUGUAG